UCCCGAUUUCGAUUUUGAUCAUCCAGGAGUGGAACUGUUUCUUCUUUGAUGAUCCCAGCUUCUUCAUCAACAUUAAUCUCCAUAAUACUCGAGAUUCAAAUCUCUAUUUCCAGGAUAAGCUUUUGACCUUGUCUACAAAAGGAUUAUAA